AUGGGAUGUAGCGGCCGCGGGACUCUGCUCCGGCCGCCCGCCGUCGGGGGGCUCCUGCUGCUGCUGCUGCUGCUGCGCGCCCCGCCCCGCGCGGCCCCGCUCGGCCUGGCCAUGCUGCUGCUGCUGGCCGGCUGCUUCUUCUACUGCCUCAGCGGCUCCUGCGAGCCCCUCCCGCGGCGGGGGGCGCCGGCCGCCCAGCGCCUGCUGCUGCUCCCGCCGCCCCGCGACCGGCCGCCGCUGCUGCUCGGCGGCGGCGGCGGGGAGGACGAGGAGGCGGCGCUGGACGGCGAGGAGGACCCCGCGGCGGACAGCAGCAGCAGCAGCAGCAGCAGCGCCCCUCCGCCCCUGCCCCUGGCCGGCGGCUUCGGGAGCAAACACUUCCCCCAGGCCGUCAUCAUCGGGGUGAAGAAAGGGGGCACCCGCGCGCUGCUGGAGUUCCUGCGCAUCCACCCCGACGUGAGAGCCGUGGGCGCCGAGCCCCACUUCUUCGACAGGGGCUACGAGAAGGGGCUGCUCUGGUACAGAAACCUGAUGCCCAGGACCUUAGAGGGGCAAAUCACCAUGGAGAAGACGCCCAGCUAUUUUGUGACAAAAGAAGCCCCACGGCGCAUCUACAACAUGUCCAGGGACACCAAGCUGAUCGUGGUGGUGCGCAACCCGGUCACGCGGGCCAUUUCCGACUACACGCAGACCCUGUCCAAGAACCCCACCCUCCCCAGCUUCGAGGCCCUGGCCUUCAAGAACCUGAGCACGGGCCUCAUCGACACCAGCUGGAGUGCGGUCAGGAUUGGCAUCUACGCCAAGCACCUGGACAACUGGCUGCGGUAUUUCCCCCUCUCCAAGUUCCUCUUCGUCAGCGGGGAGAGGCUCGUGAGCGACCCGGCUGGGGAGAUGGGCCGCGUCCAGGACUUCCUUGGGCUUAAGCGAGUGGUGACUGACAAGCACUUCUACUUCAACGAAACCAAGGGGUUCCCGUGCCUGAAGAAGCCCGAAGGGAGCAGCAGGCCGCGUUGCUUGGGGAAGUCCAAAGGACGGCCGCACCCCAAAAUUGACCCACAGGUUAUCCAGCGCCUGCAGGAGUUCUAUAGACCCUUCAACAUGAAGUUUUACCAGAUGACAGGGCAGGACUUUGAGUGGGACUGACUGAGAGACCUCUUUACACGAGGGGGGAGACAGAAACCACUUGGAGGCAAAAUGGCGGCCAUUGGCUCACCCAUCAGCUGCUGAGAGCUGCAGAAACUGCAGUUCCAGGGCAGGGCCCUCCGACAGGGAUCUCCAAGGACACUUCCUUUUCUUUCUAAUUUAUAUCACCUCUUACCAGUAAGAGAGCAAUGUACACUUAUUGAGUAGAGAGAAAAUAUUUAAUUUGUUGCUUCAAAGACCAACAUCAACAAAACAGGAAAACCAGAUCUGAUGAAACCGUUUUCUGAAUAUACCUGGCUAAUAUAGAUUAAGCAUGGUGGUUGCAGAGUGUGUAGAUGUGUGAGGAAAAGAAUGAAUGCGUGUGUGUGCACAGAUUUGUUUAAUGGCAAGGAUAAUCCAUGAUUAUAUGGAUCAAAAUCAGUUCAAAAUCUAAUUGAAUUGAAGGGGUCUGGGAGAAAGAGCAGUGCUUCGUGGGUCAGGUCCCUGCACUUGAAAAUUCACAAUUUGCUGAUUAGGAAGUGGCCGUCGUCAUGGUUAAAUUAUUAUUAAAAAUAUUUAUAUACCGCUUUUCAACGAGAACAGUUCUCAAAGCGGAUUCCGCCGCAAAAGCUCUACUAAAACAGUCCCCGGCCACAAACUGACCCGCAAUCUAAAAAGAAAAGACACAGGGAGAAGGCAUGAGCAAAAGCGACUUGGAGAGUGAGGCUGUGCUGAGUUGUUCUCCCCUUGCUGUGUAAGAAAGCCCCUGCCUCGAAAAGGUCCCGCUUAGUCCAGUUAGCCUGGAGGGAAUGGAAAUUUAGCACAGCACAGUUUACAUAUCUUUUGUAACAUGGUGCCGAGACAGAAACUGAAAAAAAGAAGAAGAAGAAACCAAGCCCAGGAAAGGGGAGAUGCCGGGGUGGGGAUGAGAAGGAACCAUACAAAACCAUGUAUUUGCAAGGCAGUUCAAGGUCAAGAGAAGUUACUGUACUUGCAAAGGGUGAACAGGGAGCUGUCAUCUAGCCCUCCCAGCAGUAACCACCUUUUUAUUGCGCUUCAAUAUAUCAUUAUUGCUGGUGUGUGCGAAUAAAACUGGCUCAGCCUUUUCAGAUUAGCCUCCCUAAAGAUGUAAGAGACAAAGGCCAGGGCAAAGUCUGUCCACGUUUGCCUCAGGAAUUUAAGCUGCGAAGGAAGCCACCAAGUGGCAAUUUACGGAGGGAUGGGGCCGGGGGCCAGGAAUCGGCUGUAUUAAAAGUGCCAGGUCUCAAAAACAGCACAAGAACAAGCAACAUAUGAAGAUGUUCUUGCAAAGCAAGAAACUAGGCAAAGGAGUCAGGCCACUGUGAUGUGUGUCAGUGUGAGAUGUGUGCCUGAUGCCACAGGUGUCGUGCGGUAUGCGUGUGCUGACGUGCAAUCACCCUGUGCAUGCACAGAAUCUAUAUGAUCAAAUGGGGCUGCAUGAGUAAAAAUUGGCCGUUCUUUGGAGGGCUGAGUAAUGGUCUCUAAGUUCCAUGGAAAGUGUGCAUUUUGUGAUUUUGCACAGAAAAAAAACAGAGAAUUAGUAAUCACUGCAGAAUUCAGAUUCCUGAGAACCCGAGCUUUAAAAAAGAAAAUCAUUGAUGUAUAAAUAUGCUUGAAAUCGUUUGAGCUGACCAAUGUCCAGUGAAAUCUCAGAAUGCAGAAUAGUCGUGAUUUGCAUACUGCCUGCAGGUUGCAGAAUUCUGACUUAACAAUGCAGAUCUGUUUUUCGUGCAGACUACCUACAGAACCACCUUACCCGUUUUGGCACAUUCGAGGGGUCCCGUGCACAUAAUGUCGUACAUGGAACAUUCCUGCCAUUGAAAGGCGUGGGGAAGCUCCUGCAUGUACAGUGUGCCAUUUGCCAAUCAGAACCCCUGUCUGUGCACCAGCGCAGCGCCACUGGUUGCGGGCACUGGAGGCGAUGAGCCGAGUGUUGCUGAUGUUAAUCUCAGACUUGUUUGCCAAUCUGCAAUCCUUGCUGCAGCCAAGGAUAAUUUAAUCGCAAUCCUUUCUGCAGCAGACAAGGAUAACUUCCUAGAGCAAACCUUUCGGGGGCAGAGGCAAAGACUGUGGUGGUGUUUUUAUGCUAAAUCUGGCAAAUUAUAACCCUUGUUUUUUAAGGAGUUUCAAAAAGUUUCUGCGAGAACUCUAGCAGCUAAUAAAAGGAAAAUAACAAAAGCCA